AUGACUCAGCUCCUUCAGAUGCAGCAGGAGAUGCAACAACAGAUGCAGCAGCAGGUGCAGCAGCAGAUGCAGAUGCAGCAGCAGGUGCAGACCACUGCCCGACCUGCACAGUCCAUUGAGUCCUACUAUGAGCGAUUCCGUAGGCUCAACCCACCUAUGUUUGAUGGUGGAGCUGACCCUCUGGUUGCUGACACCUGGAUUCGGGAGGUAGAGAAGAUGUUCAAAGCCUUGCAAUAUCCCGAAGAAGUGAAGGUUAGAUUGGCUAUCCCUAAGCUGAAAGGGAAUGCAGAGUUCUGGUGGACGGCCAUUGAAGCUACACUCAAGGAUGAGGACGAGCUACCGAUAUGGGUGGAAUUCAAGAAGAUGUUUUAUGACCAGUAUUUUCCUAAGUUAGUCAGAAUAUCUAAAGAAAACGAAUUUUUAUCUCCGAGGCAGACAGAUGAUAUGACUGUGCUAGAAUAUGCCAACAAAUUUACUGAGCUGGGUCGGUUCUGCCCUCAGAUGAUAGAGAUUGAGAGAAGCAAGGCUAAUAGAUUUGAGCAGGGCUUGAGGGACGAAAUUCGAUCCCGAUUGCCAGUUCUGAUUUUUACCAGCUACGGAGAGGCCCUGGAGAGAGCACUGAAGGUAGAAAUAGAUCUGAAGAAAUCAGGGAAGGAAAGAGGUGAGCAGAAAAGGCCCGAGACGUCAAGGAAUCUGAUGAACUGGCCAAGAAACUUUGAAGGCCCUCCUAACAAGAAGAAGAAAUUUAAGGCUUGUUAUUACUGUGACUAA